AUGGGGCCUUCUCGCAAAAUAAUUAGUUUUCUGUUCCGUGUGCUAGAUGAAUUCACUAUAUGCAAAGGUUUUCCUGUCGAUUCAAAGUUUAUCAUCAGAGAUAUCAAAGAAAACGUAAAUGGAAUAACUGAACAAUGGCGUAUUCCUGCUAAUGACAAUGGGGCUGUCGAAGAAGGCCACCGAUCCGUUUUAUUCCACCGCUCUACUGGAUGUAAUGGUUUACAUCAAGCUAACUACAAGCGAAGUUCACAAGCGUUGUGUGACCACUGCACUUUGCUAAAAAGAAAUUCUUCAGUCCUACCACAAAAUAAUGAAUUUACAGAAACGAAGAGAGAGCGUUACAUGUCGGGAGCGGAAUUGAAAGAGAAAAUACGACGAGAGCA